AUGUCUGGUAAGUAUGUCAUCUGGCCGCAGCCGAUGUAUUUGGGCGUAUCAUUAACUUCUAUAGCUUCCGAAACGUCACCUGCUAGGCGUCCAGACCCCGUAUCUUUAGGCAGGCGCACCGUUGAAGAGAUUUUAGGAAGUCCAUCUCUCGAGGCCUCCCUCAAAAGACUCGAUCUUAAGACCGGCCGGGGUCCCGAAUUUGUGGAUACCGAAGCUAAGCUUGCGAGUCUGGUUGGGAAACUGCAAGACUUACCUACCAACCCGCCGUCUCUUUAUAUUGAUCUUGAAGGGGUCAAUAUAUCAAGACACGGUAGCAUUUCGGUCCUUCAAAUCUACGUUCUUCCGCUUGACGAAACCUAUCUGGUCGAUAUAUACACUCUUAAGGAGAAGGCUUUCUUGCAGCCGGCUUAUAACAAUGACCAGACCCUACUAGGUAUAUUGGAAUCACCCUAUAUCUCUAAGGUCUUCUUCGAUGUCCGAAACGACUCAGAUGCACUAUUUAAAUCAUUUUAA